AUGGCUGAUGAUCUUGGAAUUGGAGACGUUGGAUGCUUUGGGAAUAAUACAAUAAGGACUCCUAACAUUGACAGAUUAGCAAAGGAAGGUGUGAAACUUACACAUCAUAUUUCUGCAGCUUCUUUAUGCUCCCCAAGUAGAUCAGCCUUUCUGACCGGCCGAUAUCCUAUAAGAACAGGCAUGACAGGUCACAAUGAUUAUGAGGUUUUGAUGUGGAAUGCUGCAUCUGGUGGUCUUCCCAGUAAUGAAACAACAUUUGCAAAGAUAUUAAAGCAACAGGGUUAUUCAACUGGAAUUAUUGGAAAGUGGCACUUAGGUGUAAAUUGUGAAUCGCGGAAUGACUUUUGCCACCAUCCAUUAAACCACGGCUUUGAUUAUUUUUUUGGUAUUCCUUUUAGUCUUAUUAAUGACUGUGAAGCCUCAAGACCAAGUGAAAUGUUAUUAGAUAACAAGAAACAAUUGAAAUUUUAUGCACAGAUAUUCACUAUUACUGUGCUUACACUAGUAGUUAUCAAACUAUUACAUUUAAUGACUGUUCCCUGGAAACUUUUUAUUUUUGCAUUUUUUGGCUCAAUUUUCUUGCUAUAUUGGUAUGUGGCCGUUGCAUUUCUACCACACUGGAACUGCAUAUUAAUCAGAAACUUUGACAUUGUUGAACAACCAAUGGAUCUGGAGUUAAAAGUUAGUCAGAUAGUUGAGGAGGCCAGAGCAUUUAUCACCAGGAAUAAAAAUGGGCCCUUUCUGCUGUUUGUAUCUUUCCUGCAUAUCCACACUCCCUAUUAUACCACUAAGAGGUUUAGAGGAAGAAGCAAACAUGAUUUGUAUGGAGAUAAUAUAGAGGAAAUGGACUGGAUGGUUGGGGAAAUCCUAGAAGCAAUUGAUAAAGAAGGGUUAGUGAAUAAUACAUUUACCUACUUCACGUCAGACCAUGGGGCAUAUUUGGAAGGAAUGGAAGGAAGUCCUCAUCUGAAAGGCUUCAAUGGAAUUUACAGAGGUGGUAAAGGUAUGGGUGGACUGGAAGGUGGAAUACGAGUACCAGGAAUACUUCGCUGGCCAGGUAUUAUUCCUACAAAUACCUCUGUUGAUAAACCGACAAGUCUAAUGGAUAUAUUCACCACUGUAACGAAGCUUGGAGGAGGCACUCUGCCCCAAGACAGGAUUAUUGAUGGAAAAGAUCUAAUGCCUCUGGUGCAAGGAACUGCACCUAAUUCUGAACAUGAGUUCAUGUUUCAUUAUUGUAAUGAGUACUUGCAUGCAGUACGAUGGCAAGACACAAACAGUAAUACCACUUGGAAAGUCCACUAUAUUUCUCCGAAAUUCCGAGAAGGAGCAAACGCAUGCUAUGAUUCAAAACUUUGUCCCUGCAUUGGACAAAAUGUUAUACACCACAUUCAGCCAUUACUUUUCAACCUUUCCAGUGAUCCUUUUGAGGGGAAUCCUCUGUCCAAUGUUUCUGUGGUCUAUGGGGAUGUUAUACAGAAAAUACAGCUGGCUGUAGCGCAUCAUAACUCAACAUUGCAUCCAGUGCCUCAACAGCUCUAUGGGCUAAAAAACAUUUGGGACCCAAGACUGCAACUGUGCUGUGGAACCUUUCCACUCUGUUGGUGCAGCAAAGAAAGUAGUAGUUAG